GUUAAAAAAGAAACUAAAUGAAUUUCUUUCACAUCAACCCGUCAGCCUUCCCACAACCGCGCGCGCCGCUGCCGUCUUUUUUUAGGAUAUCAUACCGUCAGCUUUCAGAUCUCGCCGCGCCGUAGUGUAAGAAGAAGAUGGAACAGACAGAAGACAUUCGACCGCUUAUCUUUGAUAAUGGAAGUGGAUUUACCAAGGUUGGGUUUGCCGGAGAAGAUGCUCCAAGAACUGUGUUCCCCAGCAUUGUGGGUCGUCCCCGUCACCGCGGCGUAGGGAUGGACCACAUAGAUGCAUUGGUUGGAAAUGAAGCACUCCAAAAGCGUGGCAUCCUGAGGAUGAAAUUUCCACUCGAGCCUGAUGGCAUAGUGAGCAAUUGGGAAGACAUGGAGAAGAUUUGGCAUCACUCCUUUCAUGAAGAGCUCCGGGUUCCUCCCGAGGAGCACCCCGUACUCCUCACUCAACCCCCUUUUAACACGAAGGCAAAUCGGGAGAAGAUGACCCAAAUAAUGUUUGAGACUUUCAAGAUCCCAGCUAUGUAUGCUGCCAUUCCGGCUGUUCUUUCCCUCUAUGCUAGUGGCCUUUGUUGUGGGUCCAGCCCAUUUUAUUUGGGUUCCAUUUUUCUUUGGUGGAGGGCCCAAUUGUGUUUUUACUUUGUUGACUAAAAAAAAGAGAGUAAAAAAAAGGGGCUGGGCAGUGGUGCACUUACGGACAGAGCAGAAAAGAAAAAAAAACAGAAUAGAGAGAGGAAAGGUGCUGGUGCAGAAUUUACAGACCAGCCGCACAAAUUCAAUCAUCUCAGGAGAUCCGACCGUUGGAUUGAGCUGAAAUUUUCAGAGGUUGUUCCCAACACUUAGGGCUUCAAUCUGUUCAAUUUUCACUUCAAUCGGAGCUACGGAUCUUCUGUAAUCGCAGCUGGUGCGACGCUGCGUUUUUGGGUGAUAAUCCUGAUUUUCCUUCUCUAUUGUUGGUGCCUCUUAUGUAUGUUGUUGUUGGUGGGCUGUGACAUCCUUGUAGACUGAGUUUGGGUGUUUUUACCCUCAAUUUGCAUAAUAAGAGAAGAAGAGGGCGGACUCCCUAUAAGUCCCGUGGUUUUUAUCCUUCACAUCGAAGGGGUUUUCCACGUAUAAAAAUCGUGUGUCGUUUGCAUCUUUAUUCUUCAUAUUUGAUUGUGGUUUAUUUGAUGUGCUGCUGAUUUUGUGUGCUUGGUUAAUCAAU